CAUCAUCCAGACUAUGAUUUACCCGCGUGUAUCUGUAACCGGUCAACUUUUGGUUUUCUCUCCGGUUUUCUUUUCGCCCUGGCAAGCCAACCAUCCCUCCAAAUCUUUCUACUUUGUUCGCGCAUCAAAUGUGGCCAAUCCGGUUUUUGUCGUCAAAGGGCAUCAUCGGUGGUGUGGCUUCCUUUUUCAUCGGUAACGCUUACGCGUCCUCCUCAGCUUGGCUUCACCUGGAUUACUUCCCGUGGUAUUGUCUUUGAUCUUCUUCCCGACCAUUUUAUUUUUGUAGUUUGUAGGAUUUCGAUAGACCUUCUUGCAGUCUUUUCCUCCUUUUUUUUCCCGCAGGGUUUUUAGGGGUUUUUACAGACGCACCUAUUGUCUUACUUUUUUUUUAUAUAUAUUUGUAUCAUUUCUUUUUUUUUCCGUCGGGAAGCUCCGGAUAUCUGUUGCCUCACAUAACAAAGGUAAAAUAUCUUGACGACAUUUGAAUCAAUCAGAGAGCGUACUAACUCAUUUUGUUAAUACCCAACAUUCCCACACAUCAUUCUAGAUUUAUCGUAAUCUUGGGCGGGACGGGACUGAGGG